GUAUAUGUUUCUCUAUAAAUAUGUACAUCCAAACUACAAAUAUGUACAUCCAAACUACAUCUUUCUCCUCAACUACAAGUCUAUAACAUUAGUUUCCGUUUCUCAUCAGUAAGUACUUCACUAUCAUCAUGGCUCAAUCUCAAGCUGCAUACCCUCCUCAAUCGUGUCCACCAGCACCAGCAGUAGAGGGAUACCCACCACCUGGUGCCUUUGCUGCACCACCUCCUCCCGGAUAUCCAGGUGCUGAGUAUGCAGGUCAACAACAAUCUCAAGCGCCUGGAGCAACCACAGACAGGGGCGCAUCGCCCGAGGGAUGUCUUGCACUCAAAGAAUGUAUUUGUUGGUGUACGGAGCAGUUGGGUUCUUGCUCUUAAUCAAAUUCUUCCCUAUCGAUUACAGACAUAUCAUGCUUGGCACCUGCAACGUUUCUAUUGAUUCUGGAGGAAGAAUUUUCAUUGCUUUAUUUUUAUGAGUGUGUUAACUGUAUCAAGAUUGUCAGUUAUUGUUUAGUGCAUGUCUGUGUAUGCUAUAUGUUGUCAAUGGUCCUGGAAUUCUAUGACUUGUAUAAAUCUCAAGUAUAAUGUUUCACCCGCUCUUAAUAGAACUCUUUCACAACGUGCUAUGAUUGAUACGUGAAGUGAAUA